AUAUGCCGAGCUAAAGGUUGAUUAAGCUGUCAAGGACCACAUCACAUGUACAUUUGAGUUUCUUUUUCCCGUCAUUCUCCACUUACUCUGCUUGAAUGCCACACCAUGCCGUUUGCAGCACGACUCCUGCUUCUAAUGAGCGCGGGCGUCCUGAGCGUCCAAGGAGACUUGAUGACUGUGUUGUUCCAAGGUAUAAUGGAUGGAAUUGAUUUGGUCAAGACGAUACCUGAUCACCUUAUUCACAAGUCAACGUCUCCUUGUGACCCCAAUCCUUGUCAGCGUGGAGGCUUUUGUGUGAGCUCCAGCAACCAAGUACCCAUUUGCACAUGUCCUGCAGGGUACAAGGGCCGCUUCUGUCAAAUACCCCCCACAGACUGCUACGAAGGCAAAGGGCAAUCCUAUCAAGGCGUCGUCAGUACCACCGAGCGAGGGGAGGACUGCCUUAACUGGUAUUCCAUCGACAUUUGGCUACACCGAGAAAGCGCUUUUGACACCCACCUCACCUCCAGCGUCCUGGACGACAACAACCACUGCAGGAACCCAGACGAGGAAGACAAGCCGUGGUGUUACGUCAAAAGGCAUGGCAAGCUGGAGUGGGACUAUUGCAACGUGACAAAGUGUCACCAAGCCCCCACAGGGUGCUACGAAGGCAAAGGGCAUUCCUAUCAAGGCGUCGUCAGUACCACCGAGCGAGGGGAGGACUGCCUUAACUGGUAUUCCGUCCACAUUUCGCUCCAGCAAGAAAGAGGUUUCCACACCUACUACAACUCCAGCAUCCUGGACGACCUUAACCACUGCAGGAACCCAGACAAGGAAGACGAGCCGUGGUGUUACGUCAAAAGGAAUGGCCAGCUGGAUUGGGGCUAUUGCUACGUGAAGAAGUGUCACCAAGAACACUUGAUACUCACCCCGCCGCCCAAAGUGAGCCGAGACUCUCCCCCUUUCUCCCAGUGCGGUGUAUCCCAUCCUCUUACCCUGCCCAGGAUCUACGGCGGGAGCAAGGCCGCGCCUAGCGCCCACCCGUGGCAGGCGUCAGUGCAAGCUCGACGUGAUAACUCACAGCAAGACUUUCGUCAUCAUUGCGGUGGUAGCCUCAUCGCCUCCUGCUGGGUCCUCACAGCUGCCCACUGCAUAAACAAUCAGUUUGAAUACCAAGUGCAGCUGGGAGGGGUCAAAUUGUCCGAAGCGGAGGACAAAGGCCAGAUCAUCCCUGUGAUAAAGACCAUAGUCUAUAAUGGCUACAGGAGUACCGCUGAGGCUCUUUACAGUGACAUAGCUCUGCUUCGCCUCAAGUUCAUGGACGGAGAUCAGUGUGCCAAGGAAACAAGAGUUGUCCGCACCGUCUGUCUACCCAAUCAGAAUUUCCCUACCGGAAAGAAGUGCGUCGUUUCGGGAUGGGGACGGAACGAAGACGCGCCGUACAGCAACCACUUGUUGGAUGUUGUCGUUUCUCUAAUCUCCCAGCAAAGCUGCAGAGAUCCUGCAGUGUACGGAAACUUGUUGGACAGCACCAUGUUGUGUGCCGGCGACCUCCACGGCGGCAAAGACUCCAGUGAAGGUGACUCAGGUGGUCCGCUGGUGUGCCAACACGACGGCGUGCACUACCUUGCAGGUGUGGUGAGCUGGGGCCAUGGCUACGCGCAUUCCCACAAGCCUGGUGUGUACGUCAACGUUUAUUCAUUUGUCGACUGGAUUAAGCAGCACAUUGACACCCCCUACACUACAACCUGACCAGGGUUCGGAAUUAUAAAUAAUGACUUGAAUUUUUGGCAAAUCUGAAUUAAAACAAAAAAAAAGGUACACAUGUUUA